GAUAGUUGUGGGCGACGUUACUUCUCUUCCUUUCGUUGUACUAUCCAAAUUCCAAGGCAUUGCAGUGACUGUGAGCUACAACGAUGGCGGCUCCAGUAGUAGAUGCGGAGUACCUGAAGCAAAUCGAGAAAGCUCGCAGGGAUCUUCGCGUGCUCAUCUCCUUCAAGAAUUGUGCCCCUAUCAUGCUGCGUUUGGCGUGGCAUGAUGCUGGCACAUAUGAUGCGAAGACAAAUACGGGUGGUCCAAAUGGUUCAAUCCGUAGUGAGGAAGAGUACAUGCAUGGUGCAAAUAAUGGAUUAAAAAUAGCAAUAGAUUUUUGUGAAGAAGUGAAGGCAAAGCAUCCAAAGAUUACAUAUGCAGACCUUCACCAGCUUGCUGGAGUUGUUGCUGUUGAGGUCACUGGAGGCCCCACCAUUGAUUUUGUUCCUGGUAGAAAGGAUUCAUUGGUUUCUCCCAAAGAAGGGCGGCUUCCCAAUGCUAAGAGAGGUUUGUGAAUACCAUUUUGAUAUAGUGACAUUCAUCUGAAGUUUCUAGCUUUCAGCUCGUUCUUUUAUUAAGGGUUGUUAAAGAUAGUAGGAGUACGGA